AGAUAACUCCAGAGGAGGGAAUUUUGCGAGAGAGGAACGCACCGACAGUCGGCGCCGAGCCGUUCUCGCGCGAUUUCGUUGCUCCUGACCCCGAUUUCACGUCCAGGCCUGACCGCGGCGCGACGAUGCUCCCCGUAUACGACUUUUGAUCGACCGCAACGUAAGAAACUGCGUACGAACGCGCCGCCGGGCGAGAAUUUUUCGCGUCCCGCGACUCGCGGGCGGCCACCGCUUUCGAAUUUCGCGAGAGAACACCCAUGUGCUCGCAGCAUGGCUAUCAUGCAUUCCUGCUGCGGCCAGUCCUUACGCAGAGGCAGCUACGCCUGUGCUGUUUACACCAUGAUAUACUUCGCAAUGAUAGCGUCGACCGCCGGCUCGAUAUUUUGGGAGGAGAGUGAAUACCUAAGGGGAAUCGUGUCCCUGCCGAAAUCGACCAGCUUUCUGGAAUCGGAGACCAUAUCGCCGACGACGGUACAAUUCAACGGAAUGCUGCUUAUCUGCUCCUGCUGCGGCGUGCUGUGCAGCCUCCUUCUUUUGUACGGCUUAUACAAGGAUUAUAAGAUGUUGCUGAUUCCGUGGAUAAUCACAGUCAUCACGAGCAGCGUCAUCGACGUGACGCAUUCCUUGUAUAUGGUCAUCGUCACACCUGACUCUUAUCAUCCGCCGAAACUUAUGCUCUACACGCUCAAUUUCUUUUUACUUUGUUUAAACAUGUACUCGGUAUUAUGUGUCAUCUCGCAGUACCAAGAAUAUUCAGCUGGUCGCGGCACCGCUGCGCACGACUACGAAUACAGGGUCAGUAUUCCGAAAGUUAUGCGGAGGGAGGAACAAUGGGAUAAGAGAAAAUACCCUUUGAAGGUUCCAGUAGUGAGAUAUGUAACUCAAACGGCGACCACGACCGCCACCACGUCCUGUCCAAGUUCACGGAGAGUAACCAAUAACGAGACAAAAGCAACACCGACCCAGAGUCCCACAACGUGCCACAAUCCUCUGCUAUCGGAGAAAAGUCCUACCGGGAGUCGAAUAUCGAGGAAGCAUGUCCAGUUUCCAGAUACGUCGGUAUCGCCGAUAGAAAGGCCAGAAACGCCAGUAGCAGAAAUUCCAACAAAAUGUUCGCCGAAAAUCGAGCAUAACGCGAGGACCUGGCUACAACCCAGCGAUGCCAUAACGAUCGCGGUUAACCAAUCCUCGUUAUCGAGCGACGACGAGCAUAAUCAUUGUUCAUGAAAAGUACGGACAUGCUCGAAACGCGAUUGUUAAUAGCCCGAAUGUAUUUGUGAUUGCUGUACAAUCUCCGUGGAGGACCUAUAUUAUCAUUGUUGUAAAUAUAUCAAUGGAUUUUUUUAUAAAGAAA